ACUCUCACUCUCAUGAACUCAUUCUUCUUUGCUUUCUAAUUCCAUUCAACACUUACAUCUUGUCACCAUGUCUGGGGUCCAGCAGGCCAUGUCCCUCCUCAUCGCCUCUUUCCACAAGUACUCUGGGAAGGAGGGGGACAAGUUUACCCUCAGCAAGGCCGAGCUGAAAGAGCUUCUCCAGGCUGAACUGGGGGAAAUGCUGGGGAAAGCCAGUGACCCAUCAGCAGUGGACAAAAUCUUCAAGGAUCUGGACUCAAACAAAGAUAACUCUGUUGACUUCAAGGAGUACGUUACCCUGGUGUCCUGCCUUACAGUGAUGUGCAAUGACUUCUUCACAAAGAAGCAUUAGAGCACUACCGCCACCCACUGGGAGGAGACCUCCAUUUUUCUCCUGACUAAACAGAUAUCUCAUUCCUUUGGAAGACCAUGUAGUGCAAAAACAGUGGCAUGGCAUAGUAAUAAUGCUUGUUAUAGAUAUAUUGUCAGUUUGAAUCUGUGAACGUGUGCCUUUUAAUGCAAAAUACUCAAUAAAGAAAUUAGAUGAGCCUGCCUUUGUCAGGUCUAA